AUGGCACGAAUUGCGGGCGUAGAUCUUCCACGAACGAAGCGGAUCGAGGUCGGGUUGACCUAUAUCUUCGGCAUCGGCCCGGCGCGGGCGACGACCAUGCUGCAGGCGGCGGGCGUCGACGGCAACAUCCGCGUCAAGGAUCUGACCGAGGACGACGUCCGGAAAAUCGGCCGUGUCGUCGAGGAGCACGGCGGCGUCGAGGGCGACCUGCGCAAAGAAAUCUCCGUCAACAUCAAGCGGCUGAUGGAGAUCGGUUGUUACCGUGGGCUGCGCCAUCGCCGCAACCUGCCGGUGCGGGGCCAGCGGACGAAUACGAAUGCACGCACCAGGAAGGGACCCCGCAAGGGUGCCGUGGCGAAGAAGAAGACGAAGUAG